AAUAGUCAGGUGCUUUCGGAGUGCCUUCUGCUCCAUUGAAUCAGUACUGUGCAUACGGUUCAGCGUGAAUUCGCGUUGGUUUGACCCGGCCUCAACUCGACUUCCAGGAUGACGAGAGGCACGGGAAAGACGAGCAAUAUGGUCCGCGUAUCAUUCUUCGCACUGUCCCUCGUCUGUCAGCUAGUCUUCGCCUACGCUUGCACGCCCACUGUGAUCUGGUGCUCGCACGAUUCGUCUGACUAUGAUGCUACUUACAGAAAGGUACCGUCGAGUCCGCUGCAGAGGUUGACUCCUGACGAGUUCGAAAAGAUCCUGUUGCAGUUGAACGUUACCGAGCCAGCGAUUGUUGUUGAGGAGCUAUGUGUUGAGGAUCUGCGGAAUAGCAAGGUGCUGUCAAAUGCCACUAAUGGUUCCAAAAUAUUUUAUUUCGCGUGUGUCGUUUCAUCCGACGAGAUAAUCCAAAAGAUCUGUAAACAGAAAAAAAUGAUAGAGGAUAUUAAUGAUGAUCAUAAUCUCAACAUGAUCCUCAAGGACAUCGAUUCGAACGGAUGCAUAGUACUUACUGGAAAACAGUGCCGUUACAGCUACACUGAGCGAAUAAAGAGAGAAGUGCUUGCGGACAAUUCUACUUCAGAGUUCAAGAUAAAAACAGACGAUGUUCUAUUGUAUUCCGCUCAACCAUUGACACUCAAGAUAUCUGACAAGCCAGAAGUGCAGCUUGUUCAAUCUAAAGUCACCGGAAUGUCAUCUAAGAACAAUAAUAACACGAUGAUCUUGACUAUCAAGCUUGACGAUCAGACCAUCGGCAGUCUAACGCUUGAGUUUUCGUUCGAGAUCAAAAGAGGCUACUACACGUUGACCAAAGUGACCUACGAGACGAUCAAUGGAGUUAAUACUCUAUCCACCAAGCGAGACAUUUCUUUUCCGUUCGGUUUCUCUUAUCAUUGCUCACCGAAAACCACCUUCACGGACGGUACCACGUUCUUAAAUAUCAUGGAUAUGCAAGUACAGGUCGGUCACAAAGGUGCAACGUUCAGCGACGCGUACGACUGCGUCGGUUUUACCAGUAUACCAAUUUGGACGGGGAUAUUCGUGACGGUAAUACUGGGGUUGAUCAUGAUAUGGGCGCUCACCAUGAUCAUGGAUAUCCGCACGAUGGACAGAUUCGAUGAUCCUAAGGGGAAAACUAUCACGAUUUCCAGCGCGGAGUAGAAUAAUAAUAAUAAUGGAACUUA